UUCAAUUUGUUUUCAUUCAUGUUGCGAAAGAGCAGUGUAAACUUGGUGUAAACUGUAAAACAAUAUUAUUUAUUUGUUAUAUCGCUAUCUAUUACAAAAUAAUAUUAAAGUAACGUGCCCAUAAAUCUACUGCGCAUAUAUUUUUUUUAAAAGUAAAAGACAUGAUCUGAAUUCGAAACAUCGUAAUAUAAACUACCCAGUUUCCUUUCUUUCAUUGAGUUCAUGAUUAUGAUAAAAUGAGCAACUCAUCGACAUCGAUUGCUGAUGGAACUGCUAGUUCUAUUAGUAAUAUAGAAACUACAUCGGACACAGCUCAAUUACUAAGCCAUGAAGAUGCGAGCACUUCUAAUUACACGCAGCUGAACAGAUCUGUGCCAUAUGAGGACUCCGAUGAUGAUCAAUUCCAUGGUAGCCAUGGGAUUAGGAGGCGACAAGCUCAACAAAAAAUUGAGCCUGGAUCUAUGAAUAUUCUCUCAGCUAAAUAUGAAAGUUUAGAUUAUGACACAUGUGAGAACCACCUACUUCUUGAUGAGGAGAGGAAACGAGGGUAUGCCUUCAUCGUGUGGAAGGAUAUUGCUAGAUGGUUCAUAAUAUUGCUGAUUGGAAUAGUAACAGCUCUCAUAGCAUUUUUCAUAGACAUAUGCAUAGAAGAAUUCUCAAAGAUUAAAUAUAGAGAGCUAAAGAAAUCUGUGGACAAAUAUGUUUUAGAAGACAAACUGUACAUUCCGUAUUUGCUGUGGGUGUUAUCAAACAUUUGCAUUGUGUUCAUUGGAUCUAUGUUAGUUGCAUAUGUUGAGCCUGUAGCAGCUGGCAGUGGUAUUCCUCAAGUGAAAUGUUAUUUAAACGGAGUGAAAGUGCCGCGGGUGGUUCGGAUCAAAACGCUAAUCGUGAAGGCGGUCGGUGUUAUCACAGCUGUCGUCGGCGGACUGGCUGGUGGCAAGGAAGGGCCUAUGAUCCACAGUGGAGCUGUGGUGGCGGCGGGUAUAUCCCAGGGCAAGAGCACGACGUUCAACAAGGACUUCAAGAUAUUCCAGUACUUCCGCGAGGAUCACGAGAAACGUGACUUUGUAUCGGCGGGCGCGGCCGCCGGUGUGUCCGCGGCUUUCGGCGCUCCUAUCGGUGGGGUACUGUUCUCUCUUGAAGAAGGCACGAGUUUCUGGAACCAGGCGUUGACAUGGCGAACUUUCUUCGGCACUGUGGUGUCCACCUUCACAUUAAACUGCGCUCUGUCAGCGUAUCAUGGAAGGGCGGGAGAACUCAGCUUUCCUGGUCUCCUGAACUUAGGCAAGAUGGAACCAUUUCCAUUCCAAUUCUAUGAGCUGCCCGUGUUCAUGUUCUUCGGCGCGGUCGGCGGUAUGCUGGGAGCUUUGUGGAAUUACAUCAAUUACAGACUAGCCGUGUUUAGGAUAAGGUACAUAGGAACUCCUUGGUUGCGAGUAGUGGAGGCUUGUCUAGUGGCGGCUGCGAGCGCUACUUGUGGCUUCCUGAUGAUGUUCCUCCUCGACGACUGCAGACCCUUAGGAGAGGAUCCUACUAAAGUGCCUUUGCAGCUAUUCUGCGCAGACGGUGAAUACAACGCUUUAGCAGCUAUUUGGUUCCAAACGCCCGAAGCUUCGGUUCGUUCAUUCCUCCACGACCCGAUUGGAUCUUACAAGCCUUGGUCGAUACUGGCAUUCGUUGCUUGCUACUUCUUAUUGUCUGCCUGGACAUUCGGCCUGUCGGUGUCCAGUGGACUCUUCAUACCGAAUCUGUUGACGGGCGCCGCCUGGGGAAGGAUGCUAGCGAUUAUCAUACAGUAUAUGCUGCCUUCUAAUACGAUUAACCCAGCGAAAUAUGCGCUGAUUGGGGCCGCAGCCCAACUCGGUGGAGUGGUGCGCAUGACGAUAUCUUUGACCGUCAUCAUCAUCGAGACCACGGGGCAGAUCUCCAACGCGCUGCCCAUCAUCAUCACACUGGUCGUCGCGAAAUGGGUCGGAGACUUCUUUAAUGAGGGUAUAUACGACAUACACAUCCAGUUGGCAGGAGUGCCCCUCCUACCUUGGGAGCCCCCGCCGCUAGCCCACAACUUGUACGCGUCGGAAGUAAUGUCACACCCUGUGUUCACUCUAAGGACUGUGGAGAACGUCGGCCAUAUUGUCGAGCUGCUCAAACUUGUCUCCUAUAACGGAUUCCCCGUUGUCGAUCCACCUUUAGCUGAUGAUGUGGAAGUGACAACGUACAAGCGGCUUAGAGGCAUGAUACUACGUUCUCAACUAAUAGUACUGAUACAGAAUAAGCUGUACAAUGAGAACGCCAACACGACCUGGUCCAACUUCAACGUGGACAUGGAUAUGUUCAGGAAGGAAUACCCUCGGUUCCCUUCUAUUGAUGAGUUAGACGUAGCAGAAUGGGAGAAGACAUGCACGAUAGACCUACGUCCGUUCAUGAAUCCCUCGCCUUACACUCUGCCGCAUCGAGCGUCAUUGCCGCGUCUCUUCAGAUUAUUCCGAGCGCUUGGACUACGCCAUUUGCCAAUAGUCAAUGAUGUUAAUGAGGUGGUUGGCAUGGUAACCCGCAAGGAUAUUGCGAGAUAUCGAGUAUGGCGACACCGCGGCCAUAUGGGAAUGGAGGAGUUAAUACUUUCUAGUGAAAUUUAACAUAAUACUAUACACAAGUGUCCGACCGAAGCACCAUCAGUGAUGCGAUUCAACCGACAUCGUACCACAAACAUUCGAUCAGGAAGAAAACUUAUGAAGCACCAGGGACUAUAAUUAUGAAAUAAGUGUUAUUUUGACUAAAGGCAGUAUUGUUAAGCUGCCUAAUAUCAGUAUGUUUGAUCAAAUCGAGUGAAGUUUGAAUGCAGUUUACGAAGUAUGAUAAUAUUUGCACAAUGAGAAUGUAUUUGUAGAAAAUGUGGGCCCUUAUCUCCAGAACUACUGCACAAAAUUGUAACAUGUUUUUUUCACAAGUAUUAAUUUGCUUAUAAAGAAGUAAUUUGAUUUAAUUAUUAUAGAACUAACGAUAUUAUAAAACCCAUUGAAAAGAAUAAGAAAUAGCAUCGGAAUGAACGAAUGACGCGUCAUUAUUAUUUUAUUACUUUCUUCUCGGUCGGACAUUUUGUCAUAGAAAUAAUUUUAGUGAAAUUUAAUCAUUUGACAAGAUUUUUUAUUUUUUUACUUAAUCAUAGCUCAGAAUUUAGAUUGUUAUAUGUUAUUAAGUACAGCUUUAUUAUUUGUACGUGUAUUCGACGCCAAAUAUUAGUUCUGUGGAGUAGACAGAUAAUAAAUUAGUGCCUAACCAAAAUAGUUAAUGAAUUUGGGUCUUAGGACAUUAUGAAGUAUUUAUGAAUAGUAGUAUUUUUGUUGUUAAUUUAAAAUUUGCCUUAGAAAUUAUGUAUUAUUAUUGUAGUCUUUCUCAAUAGAAUAGUAGUAGUGGUAGCCGCCUGUGCAGAUGACUAUCUUUAUCUCCAACGGAUUGCUGCAGUUCUUUUUUCUUUGAUGGCAACCAAGUCUCCAAUGUUUUCAACUAUUAUAGUCGACACACAGUCUACAGUCACCACUCGACAUUAGCAGUAUGAUAAUGCCAAAGUCGGUUAUAGUGUAGGUUAUUCCUGCAGUUAGUUGAAUAAAAAAGGAAUCUUAUUCUAAUCUUAUGUCAUUUGAAGGGCAAUAGUUUCUUGUCUGCACAGGACUUUAGCUCACAUUUAGUUAAAUGUAAUCAAAUUAAAUCCCAUUCAUUCAAAGUUAGAGAAUCAUAUUAGUAAGUUUUUAUAUAUCUGGUCCAUCACUUGGUAGUAAAAAAUAUGCAGUAUGAAUUAUGAUAGAUAUUCUUAUGAAGUUAAAAAUGUUGGCAUAAUACACAUGUAUAUUUCCUAAUGAAUGUGAUAUUCUUGUUAAGAUGAGACAUGUAUGAAAAUUGCGUAAAAUUAUCAUCCAAUCAAGAUGAAAAUAAUUAUGAUUUAUUGUUUAUUAUGACACUAUUGUGAUAAUUAUAAGGCUAAGAUUAUUUAAUUGUGUUAAUAAUAAAAGUGUUUAUAUGGAAAA